UUAUUAAAAAUGAAGAACACAGUCACUUAACUCAAAUGCAAAAUUUUCGUCCCUUUCAUGUUAAAAACUCCAUCAUUUCUCCGAAGUUUCCCAUAAAUUGUUGUCUUCGCUACGGUUAAAAGCUGUGUUACUCCAAUUGAAGCAGCGGGUGGUGAAUCCCCACUCUCCUCUUAAUUACCUUCACUUCCUCUUUUGUCCAUUUCAUAUCGUUUGUGGUGUUCGACUCUUUCACCUGAUCAUCACGCCGAUUUCAAUUUCAAGAGAUUGACUAGGACUGCUCGCAAUAUCAACCCACCAGAUACUCGGUUGCAAAUGAAUCAACCCAAAAUUAAGCGUAGAAUUGGGAAGUAUGAGGUCGGAAGAACAAUUGGUGAGGGAACAUUUGCUAAAGUUAAAUUUGCCAGAAAUUCCGAGACUGGAGAUGCUGUGGCUCUCAAGAUUCUUGACAAGGAUGCCGUCCUAAAGCACAAAAUGGCUGAACAGAUUAAGCGUGAGAUAGCAACGAUGAAAUUGAUUAAACAUCCCAAUGUGGUUAGCAUAUAUGAGGUGAUGGCCAGCAAGACCAAGAUAUUUAUCGUUUUGGAGUUUGUCACUGGCGGAGAGCUCUUUGACAAAAUUGUAAAUCAUGGAAGGAUGCGAGAAGAAGAAGCCAGAAGGUAUUUUCAGCAGCUUGUUAAUGCUGUUGAUUAUUGCCAUAGUAGGGGGGUCUUUCACAGAGAUCUCAAGCCAGAAAACCUACUGCUGGAUGCUGCGGGGAACCUUAAAGUUUCUGAUUUUGGAUUAAGUGCUUUGUCUCAACAAGUCAGGGAUGAUGGUUUGCUGCAUACUACUUGUGGGACGCCAAACUAUGUUGCUCCUGAGGUCCUUAAUGAUCGAGGUUACAAUGGAGCAACUGCAGACUUGUGGUCGUGUGGAGUCAUACUGUUUGUGUUGCUCGCAGGUUACUUGCCUUUUGAUGAUUCUAAUCUUAUCAACCUAUAUAAAAAAAUAUGUUCAGCUGAAUUCACCUGUCCCCCUUGGAUUUCCUUUGGUGCCAUGAAAUUGAUAACUCGGAUCCUGGAGCCAAAUCCGGAGAAACGCAUUACGAUUCCCGAUAUUUUGGAGGAUGAAUGGUUUAAAAAGGAUUACAAGUCACCAUCUUUUGAUGAAAAGGAAGACGCAAAUUUGGAUGACGUGGAAGCUGUAUUUAAGGAUUCUGAGGAAUAUCAUGUAACUGAGAAAAGGGAGGUGAAGCCAGCUGCCAUGAAUGCCUUUGAGUUGAUUUCAAUGUCAAAAGGUCUGGAUCUUGGUAAUCUAUUUGAUGAACAGGGAUUCAAGAGAGAAACGAGGUUUACAUCUAAAUCAUCGGCAAAGGAUAUAAUUAGUAAAAUUGAAGAAGCUGCAAAACCUCUUGGUUUUGAUGUCCAGAAGAAGAAUUACAAGAUGAGGCUUGAAAAUUCAAAAGCUGGAAGAAAAGGCAAUCUCAAUAUCGCCACGGAGGUUUUUCAAGUGGCCCCUUCUUUGCAUAUGGUUGAGGUUAGAAAAGCAAAGGGAGAUACUUUGGAAUUCCACAAGUUCUACAAGAACCUCUCCACCAGCCUUGAAGAUGUGGUAUGGAAAUCCGAAGAUGACGCCCCACACAAAAAGUAGCAGUGUUUCUCCGAUGAAAAGCUGCAGCAGAAGUCUCUUAUAAGUGUGUUGUUGUUUCUUCAUUCUUGAUUUCUCUCACCGGACAUUUUUUGCACGGCUAGAUAUUUGAAUGGAAGUGGUUUUGAUGCUGUUA